AUGGGUUGCGCUACCAACGGGGUUUCCCCCCGCAAAGUCUUCUUUUUCGACAUUGACAAUUGUCUCUAUCCGAGGAGCACCAAGGUACACGACCUAAUGGCCGAUCUCAUCGACAAAUACUUUGCCACGCACCUCUCACUGCCCUGGGAGGAUGCAGUGCGGUUACACAAGGAAUACUACCAGAACUACGGUCUCGCCAUUGAGGGCCUGGUACGGCACCAUCAGAUCGACCCCCUAGACUACAACGCCAAGGUCGACGACGCCCUCCCGCUGGACGACGUCAUCAAACCCCGGCCAGAGCUCAAGAAGCUGCUUGGCGACAUUGACCAGAGCAAGGUCAAGCUGUGGCUCUUCACCAAUGCCUACAUCAACCACGCCAAGCGAGUUGUUCGCUUACUCGAAGUCGAGGAGUUCUUCGAGGGGGUCACAUACUGCGACUACAGCUCCGUGCCCUUCACCUGCAAGCCCCAGCCCGCCAUGUACCAGAAGGCGAUGCGUGAGGCCGGGGUGGAGAGAUAUGAAGACUGCUUCUUUGUCGAUGAUUCGUACCAAAAUUGCAAAAAGGCGCAGGAACUCGGGUGGACCGUCGCCCACCUCGUCGAGGACGGUGUCAAACCACCAAAGACUCCAGCCUGCAAAUUCCAGAUCAGGCAUCUGGACGACCUACGCACAGUCUUCCCGCAGUGUUUCAAGGGAAGCGCCUCGGAAGGUAGCUGA